AAUUAGAGGAAAUGUUUUACUUUGUCCAAAGUCGUCUCUUUUUUUCUCUCUCUCUCUCUCUCUCUAAAAAAUGUGUGGGUGAAUCCACCGUUCAAAGAGCGUGACGAUGAAGAAAGAGAAGAAGCCGACCCGUCGUUCAAAUCUCUGUCAUCAUCGUUCGUUCCUCAACAUUAACCCCAACCCUGCGUUUAGGGUUUUACCUUCUUCUAUUCGAUUUCUUCAUUCCUCGAUUCGAUUCGAUUCACGACAUGUCUCUUCCUGAUUCUCUCGCUUCGUCUUCUUCUCCUCCUCCUCCUGUGACCCGCGAAGAGACCGGGUAUCACCGCUUUGAACACGCACACGAUAGUGGUUUUGAUCAUCGUGAUCGACCACCAUGGAAUCGUUCCGAGUACGAUUACCGCCAUGGGAGCAUUGUUGCAUCUGAGAACGUCAGGGAUGGUUCGACUUCUUCUGAAGACCCUUGGUCUUGCGUUGUCGUCGUUGCUACCUUCUGUAUCUUCGUGUCGAUGACUUUGAUUCUGGGACUUUACGGCACCACGACCGUAUGGUUGGGACCAAACGCUUCGUUCCUUAUCAAGCCAACUUCAGUGUUCGUCCAAAAUGUUAUUGUGGAAGAAUUAGGGAACAAGGGAUCAGGUUUGAUACUCUAUGGAUUGAACCAAGCCCCACAGCUUGAUGUUCCGGCUAAAUGGUCUGAACUUCACUAUCUAGCCGUGCCAAAUGAUUCUUACAAGUAUUGGAUACAGUAUUUGAACAAGGGGUCACGCUUAAAAGUUUCAUACAAUGUUGAAUCUGUGGGUUCUUCCCUCUACCUUGUCAUAGCCCAAGGUGUGGAUGGGCUCUCUGAGUGGGUACAGGACCCUACACGUCCAGACACCACAUUAUCAUGGCAUAUAAUCUCUGAUAGUGGUUACAUUGAGCAGGACAUAACUAAGUCGUCGAGCUAUUACGUUGCAGUAGGCAACGUAUACCUGAAUGAAGUGAAGGCGACGAUUGACAUUCAAGUCGAGGGGAUAUUGUAUGAUACUACAAAUGCUUAUUACAAUUGCUCUUUCCCUAAUGACAAGUGCACUCUAAGUGUUCCAUUAUUUGGAACUAAUGCUGCGAUACUAACAUCACCAGGUCCAAAGCUGAACAAUUCUAAGAAUGAGUUCUGUGCAAAGCUCUCAUAUGAACCAAGGUGGAUUGCAUACUUAGUUUGCAUGGGUGUAGUGACAGCACUCUUGUUAAUUGUCUCGGGUCUUUUCAAUAAACGACAACCAGUCUCCGAAGACGAAGCUGUUGAUGAAAAUGAUGAUGUAGCUCCUCUAAUUCCGGGCAAAGACGACGAUAACUCGAGCUGGUGCUCGUCCUACAGUUCUAUCUUGACAAGUACUGAGGAACUGGAAGGCGCACAUGGUGAAGGCCACAGUAGUACAAGAUAUCUCUGUGCGAUUUGCUAUGAUGCGCCUAGAGACUGUUUCUUCCUCUCUUGUGGUCACUGCGUUGCUUGCUUCCAGUGCGGGACACGGAUAGCUGAAACAUCAGGUUUUUGCCCUGUAUGUCGUAGGAAGAUCAGGAAGGUAAAGAAGAUCUUCAAUGUCUAACACACAACAAUGCACGUUGCUUGCUGUUGUUGGUUUCCUCGCAUUACCGUAUCUGUUGUAUAGAUGUAAAGACAAGUGUGGGAUGGAGAAAAGCCAUAAGAGUGCUUGUUUCUGUGUACGAUGUAUGGAUUCCGGAGUUUUUCUCGGCUUGGUUGUACUUGUAACCAUAUAUCAUCGAACCCGGUUCAUCCGAAAUAAUAUUUUUCUGAUUCCAUAACUUCAGCGUCA